AUGUCCCAAAAUCGUCCUCAUAUAAACCAUCAACGUGGCUAUCUUUCGACCAUUUUGACGUGUCGUGUCGUUGAUGGUUUAUGUCAACUUCGAAUAAGCGCCACAAUUGCUGGCGAGUCCGAGCACAACACUGAUUCUUGUCAAAGACGCAGUAACGCAGAGCAAGUGCCGAAAACACACAUUGGUGGGAAAAGAUUUGAGCCGUUUCUAGAUACAGCGAUAACUACAUGUAUAUCCUCUUGCAUCCUUGCAUCUGAUCAUGCUCCAUUCGACUCCACGAUCACUAUGAGUGAUGACUGUUCGAGCUCUUCCAACAGGAAAGCGCAAGAAAAAGAGGAUGUCCGGCUCACUCAUUCCGUCAACAACUAUAUGGAGUCAAAUAAUACUGUUAUCUCCAAACCACGCCACGUCUUCUUCUUCUACAGUGUCGUCAUCGUCGUUCGCUUCUAUCCGACUCCACCACACUAUUCGACGUCUCAUAGUGAAGUUAUGGCCAUGCAAUGCGCGCCGACGGGCAUCGCGUUGAGAGCAAUCUGCAGCUGGAUUCUGGAAACUCAUGCUUUUUCUCGUAAACUCAGCAAUAUCAUAUCAGCUACAUCUCAACGUUUCUCCUGCCGUUGUGCAAAACGCUAUUUAUCAACAUUAGCCACAAGGCCUCAAGAUCAGCGAAGUCAUGAGAUGUUGAAAGAGCUACCGCUGAAAACACUUGGAAAUCGUUUUGCAAGGGGUGGACCCUGGCCGCUCUCAGACUUAUACAAGCACCUUCGUAAUCGCCACCUCUUAUCAGAAGAAGAGAUUCAUGAAGUGCAAGCGGCAGUCAAGAAGGCCAUUUACGGGCCAGGAAAAAAGUGCAACGUUUGUGAAAGGAUUUACUUCUCAGAGAGAGGUCUGAGAAGGCACAUACAAAGAGAUCAUGGCGGAACCCUCACCACCAAUGAACCGCAUGCAGCACCCAAUUUGACGUGUUUUUGUAAAAUGAAGUUGUGUUCCCAAGAGGAUUUUGCGUACCACUGUCAGGAGGCCCAUGAGGGUCCGCAAUUCGUAAUCAUCAAUGAAACCUUUGCACCUUUUGCCGCUUUUGAGGAGUGGCUAGAAUCCAAAGAAAUCGAAACGCAUUCGAAGCUCGUUCGCAGGAACAUAAGAAAAAGUAGUAAAGGGCAUACAUACGUGUACAAAUGUCACCACUCAGGUGGAAACAAUAGUGAAAACAAUCCUGAAGAGGAAAAGAGAAGAUACAGGCAGCGAAAAAGGGUUGUAAAGGAUUGCCCUUGCUUCGUAAAGGCACAGCUGAAUGGUGGCGGCGGGGUUGAGACAGUUGCUUUUUUUGGCCACUACGGACAUGAGGUAAACGUGGCUAGUCUGCCAAUACGCCAGGAGGAUGAAUUGGUCGUUAAACAAAUGAUUGAAGCUGGUGUACCAGCUCAUACUAUCGUUACGAAACUUAGGAGAAAAUACUGGAAAGAAAUCGAAGAUCCGCAAAAACAAUCGCGACUUUGCUAUUUGACUACAAGGGAUGUAGCAAAUAUCGCUGAACGUCACGGCUCAAUAGCGGGGCGCAGCAACGUAUGUGAUCGCGUUUCCGUUCGGAAUUUACUCCAAGAUAACGAGGACGUCGCCGCAGUGAAUUUGACAGAGACCACAGAACUUUCCGGUGACGGCUUUCUAUUAGCCUUCAUUACCAGACUAGGGAAGGUGUACUUAGAGGAAUUUGGCAGGCGGGGCAUCAUAUUAGACGAUACAUUCAACGUCAGUAGAUAUGCCUUCCGUCUAGCCACCCUUGUUGUCUCGGAUGACGCCGGAAACGGCUAUCCCUGUGGCCACCUCAUCUCCUUUCGCAUGAGCUCCAACGAAGUCGCCGUGCUCUUUAACCUGGUCAAAAAAUGCAUUCCUGAUUUUGAUACAAAGUAUGUAAUGACUGACGACACCAGUGUUUUUUUCAAUGCUUAUACGAUUUGCUUCCCUAACUCUACUGCACAGAAAGUCCUUUGUGCCUUUCAUAUGACGCAAAUUUUCCAAAGGAAGCACAGAGAACUUCUUACAGAACUCGAAGCAUAUUCUGCGCAAGACUCCUUCUGCGAUCUCCUCUUUGAAGUGAAUCCUUCCAUAUUUGAAAAUAAAUUCGCCACUUAUCUCUCUUGGUUAGAGUCGAUUCAAGCCAACGAAAUGAUUGAGGCAGAGAGUUGGCACAACAAACUGAAGCAUGUGUUAUUGCAUAGCAAGCAGAACAACAGACUUGACACGGUAGUGUACACACUCAUCGAGUACGCACAUGACCGUCAUCUCCAGUUGAAAGCAAAAAGCGUAAGAGGAGCAUCGGAUCUCUCUUGGAGGCGUAAACAGAAUGUUCGAAUGCACAAAAUAGCUUUGAGUUUCUACAAAGGAAAGGAUGCCGUUAUACAAGAAAGUCCAGACCGAUACGCUGUGCGAGGGCCGCGAGAAGGGAUCUUCCAUACAGUAAUGAUCGAGGAUAGUUGCUCAUGCAGUAAAGAUAUGAAUUCACAUUGCGAGCGAUGUGGAUGUUGCUCUUACAGAAUCCAUUGCGACUGUUCUCAUACGCAUUCGGGAGUAACUUGCGUGCAUGGUCACGCCGUGAUGACAUUUGGAGUACGAGCAGUUCAACGGCACAAUUUGGCUUGCGACACAGAAUCUGCAGCUGAAACAACCUCAAGGACCCCUCUUAGUUCAAUUGAAAACUCUUUUGACACGUCACAAGCGCACCCGGAUACUUCCUAUACUCUACCAGCCACUAUAAUCGAACGGGACCGUAUCAGAGAAGCUCUUCACGAGGCAGAAGGGUUGCAAAACCAAAUUGGAGAAAUGAUCAAGUCGUAUGCGAAGAAUGAAAGGCUUGACCUCCUUCAAGAAAUCAGCGAAGUUAUGAGAAAUGGGAUCAGACAGCUGCCACUGGAAACACUUGAGAAUCGUUUCGCGAGGCGACAGGAAAUGCAGACAACAGGAGCUGGCCCCACCCCAGUGCGAAUUCAGUCAUAUAAAAGUAGAUUCCAAUUGAAGCUAGAAAAGAAGAAACAGGAAAAACACUAACUUCCGAGCAGUGCUGCCGUUUUUUCUCCACAAAGAUUCGGCACAAGUGUCGUUUUUUCAAAUUUUUGUUCUUGUUUUCCUCCUAGAUUCUGAUUUUGCUACCUCUCUGAAGAUGUAAGUGGUGUUUCUUUUCCACUUCUUAAUGGACAUAUGUCUUAGUCGGCUUUACAGCUUUAUAAAAUGCCGUACCAGUCAUUUUUGAUCUUAGUGUUUUGUCGUUUCUCAGGCAAACUACUGCUUUCAUGAAGCCUUUCCAUAAAUUUGUUCGCCUUCUCUCACUAAUAUACGAGGUAUAGCAGAGCUACUGUAAUGCACAAUAUCCGUAAAUUUGCUCGCUUUUUCUCACUGAUAUACGAAGUAGCGGAGCUACUAUAGUUGGAAAUAAAGUGUUUAUUCUCUUCUGUGAAUUUUGACUAAGCGAAUACAAAUUUCGCCGCAUUA